UUGCGGAGAUUGUGAGAUAAAAUUAAUCUAUAAUUUAAAGAACUUUUAUUUCAAUAUGAUCUUUUUUAAAAAUUAAACUGUAUUAUGAAUGUUCAAAAUAUUACCAAAUUACGAUUAAUAACAUUCGAUGUAACUAAUACAUUACUAAAAACAUCGGUAAAAAAAAAUUAUAUUGAUGUAAGUUCAAAGCAUGGAGUUUUUUUAGAAAAUCCAGAUAAAUUAGCAUCAAGUUUUAAAAAACAUUUUUUACUUUCGUGCUCUAAAUAUCCAAAUUUUGGACGUUCAGAACUUGGUUGGGAAAAUUGGUGGAAAAAUGUUGUCCGCAGCGUUUUUAAGGAUCAAAAUUUACAAAUAUCUGAUGAAAAAAUAGAUGAGAUAGCAACAGAUUUAAUAAAAUACUAUGGUACAAAUAAAUGCUGGGAAGUAUUUCCUGGUGCUUUGGAUAUUCUUGAAUAUUUGUAUAAUCGUAGAAUAAUUUUAGGAGUAAUUUCAAAUUUUGAUGAACGUUUAGAGUCAAUUUUAAUAAAUACUCACCUACGAAAAUAUUUUUCAUUUAUUUUAACGUCUUAUAUUUACGGCAAAGAGAAACCAAAUAUUUCAAUAUUCAAUGAAGCCUUAAAAUUAGGAGAAAAAAAAUUAGGCGAUAAAAUAUUACCUGAAGAAUCAUUACAUAUAGGCGAUAAUAUAGACAAUGAUUACAAUGGAGCAAAGAAUGCAAGAUGGAAUGCUUUUUUAAUGGAUCAUAAGUAUAAAUUUGAAGAAUUUGAAAAUACAUCGCAAUGUCAGCGUUUUAAUAGCCUCUAUGAAUUAAAAAAUCAUUUUAAAACUAUUUUGAAUUGAACUUCAAACAUUAUUAAUGUAAAUUUAAUUGAUUAUGACUGUAAAUUGAUCUAAAUCAUUGAUGACUGUAAAUUAUUUAUAAUGAUAGUGUAAAUAGUUAA